CUUGCAGUAUGGAAGAAGCCCAUAUAGCCUUUGUUUCAACUCCAGGAAUGGGGCAUAUAAUCCCAUUGGUGGAGUUGGCGAAGCGCCUCAUCACCCAAUACAGCUUCACUGCAACUCUCAUCCUCCCCGCCUUUCAAGAUGCCGGCCCCGUUUCCACUGCCCAAAACGCUUUCCUCCAAUCCCAUCUCCCCGCCGGCAUGGACUACCUCCUUCUCCCUCCCGUUCCCCUCCACCAACUACCCCCCGAUGCUCGCCCCGUCACGCGCAUGUGCCGCACCAUGGACCUCUCUCUUCCCGCGCUCCGGGAAGCCCUCCAGUCGUUGAUGGUGGCGAAGACCCGCCGCCGCCUUGUUGCUUUGGCGGUGGAUCUUUUCAGCACCGGCGCUUUUGAUGUGGCUGAUGAGCUCGGAAUCAUGACCUGCGUUUUCUCCCCUUCCGCGGCUUUCAUCUUGUCGUUUACUCUUUACUUGCCGGAGCUGGAUUCGUCUCUGCAGCCCUGCGAUGAGUUCAGAGAUCUUCCUACACCGGUUCAGAUCCCGGGGUUUUCCGUCCCGGUUCAUGGAAAGGACCUGAUUGACCCGGUCCAGGACCGCCAGGACGAGACGUACACCUGGGUUCUUCACCACGCUAAGAGGCUUUCACUCGCUCAAGCCAUCAUGGUGAAUAGCUUCAAUGAAGCAGAGCAAGGUGCAGUAAAAGCUUUGCAGGAAUCUGUACCUCCGGUUUACCUGGUCGGACCGCUUGUUCGGAUGGAUUCAAGUAGCAAUAAUAACGUUGUUAGUGGUGAUGAUGAAUGCCUGCAAUGGUUGGAUGAACAACCUGAGAAAUCUGUGCUUUUUGUGUCGUUUGGAAGCGGGGGAACUCUUUCUCAUCAACAGCUUAUUGAGCUAGCAUUAGGGUUGGAAAUGAGUGAGCAAAGGUUUGUGUGGGUGAUCAGAAGUCCGAGUGAGAAUUCAUCAAUGGCCUUCUUUAGUACCCAAGAUCCAGGUGACCCUCUGUCAUUUCUACCAGAAGGGUUCGCGCAGAGAAUCAAGAAUAAGGUCGGUGUUGUGGUGCCCAAUUGGGCCCCACAACACCAGAUACUAAGCCAUCCCUCCACAGGCGGGUUCUUGACUCAUUGCGGGUGGAACUCGAUUCUCGAGAGCAUUGCGUACGGGAUGCCGUUGGUUGCAUGGCCGCUCUAUGCUGAGCAGAAGAUGAAUGCCCUACUGCUAACUGAUGAUCUGAAUGUGGCUCUGAGGCCUAAGGCUAGUGAUGAGAAUGGGUUGGUGGGGAGGGAGGAAAUUUCAAGGGUUGUCAAGGGGCUAAUGGCUAGUGAACAAGGAAAAAAGAUGAGAGAAAAGAUGGGAUACCUAAAAGAUGCAGGCUUAAAGGCAAUUGGUGAUGAAGAUGGCUCUUCCACAAAAGCACUUGAUCAAGUAGUUUCCAUUUGGAAGAGCAAGCUAGCUAAGACCAUUUAAUUAAUUUCCAUAUAAUAUAAUUCAGCAAAAUUAAAUGUAUGUGUGGUUCAAUACUCCAAUCUUACAGCUUUUAUAGUGAUGGAUUUGCAGGCUUCAAUUCCCUUCAUUUAUGAGAAGGAACUUAUAAGUUAUACAAUAGUAUGUUUGCAUUAGAAUGUUGAGUUUCACAUUGCAAGACUAUUUAAGAAAUAGACAUUUUAAGAA